CUAGAGAUGAACAUUCUUUGGUGUCAAGUGUGCAAAUCAAUCCAGAACAACAGCAAAGGACCUUGUGAAGAUACUAUAAGAAACUGGUACAAAAGUAUCUAUUCAGUAUCUGUAAAUAUUCAGGUCCGGUUGGGCUGCAGUGAAGUGAAGUCCUUGUUCCGGGCAAAAGGGCUCAUUUUCUUGGCAAAGGGGGUGGGAUUCUAGUAGUAAUGGGAGGCAAUUGUAUCUUGUGCAUGGGUCAGUAAAGAAAGAGGUGGAGAGAGAGGAUGUAGGAGGAUGUGUGGAGUAGAUUAGUCUGGACACAGAUUUGAAUGCCAUGUUGUGGAUGAUCGGGAGACACGGAACAGGCCUGUGUGAUGAGUGUUUAGUGGAGGAAAUGUAGAGUAUGUGUUGAUAUUUUGUGACUUGUAUGAUGUAGAUAGUGAGAGAUUGUGAAAUGGUUAGAGGCUGGUUGGGGUUUGAGUGGUGCAGUGGGGGGAGGAAAGUGGUGUCUAGGGCUCUAUGUCAGGACAAAUUAAGAUAAUUUUAUGUAGUUAGGACGUGACUGGCCUCACACUCCAUUACAAUAGGUGGCGAUGUAUGCGCCUUAAAAGUUGGGUGAAAGCCGCCAAACCAACCCCAAAGAAGAGGAAGUAAGCAGAUGCGCGUGCCGAAAGUAAUUGUAAAACAAGAGGAAUGACAGUUGACAAGAAUCAUGUAAUAAGGUUAGUUUUUGUUCACGUUGAGACAACAAGACGUUUGCGUAUAUGCUGCAGUUAACGUUAGCAGCAAACCAAACGUCACAUGAAGGCGACCUAGCUGGCAAGCUAAUGUAAAAUGGCUAACGUUAGCCAAAAACUAACCCGCCAUAUCUAAUGAAAUUUAAACGAGAUAAAUGUUUAUAGACAUUAGGUACGACUAGCUAGUUAUUUCACGACAACUAUGGACCCGAGGCACAAAGAAAUACUCAGGAAACACCGGCUGGACCUGUCCGACCAAAUUUUAAUUGAGGACACUAUAGUUCAAUUCCUGUACCAGGAGAACAUUUUAACAGAGAGCCAGGUGGACGAGAUUCAGUCCCAAAUUAGCAACAAGAAGAAGACAUUGAGACUGCUGGAUAUCCUUCCCACCCGAGGUCCGCGGGCGUUUGGAACAUUUCUGAAUUCCCUGGAAGAAGAGUUUACUUGGGUGAGAGACAAGUUACUCCAGGAUUUGGAGCAACCCAAUGUACCUGUGCAAAGUCCAACAGAUGAGUGGAACAUUCCAGAGGUGACGCUCCGAGCAGUCCCGUCCGACAGACAGUUGUCCCGGCUGGCAUCCCGUAUCGGGUCGGAGUGGGAGUCUGUUCUCCUCGACCUGGGCCUCUCCGCGGAGGCGCUGUACCGUUGCCGUGCCGACCACCCUCUGAGCUUGCACGGGCAGGUGCUAGCAGGGCUGAUCCAGUGGAGGCAGAGCCAGGGGAGGAGUGCUACAGUCCACAGGCUCCUCCAGACCCUGCAGGCCACUGACGUCCACCCCUCUACCCUGGACGAGGUGUUCCAGUGAGGGGAGCGGACACUAUGGAUCAUGGGUGAAAUGCUGAAUGGAUGACAACCGUUAGCUCAGCCAGACCAGGGUUUCCGUUAGGAAAAUGUGACCAGCAACAUUUUUUUUACCAGACAUUUGUGUAAUCUGCCGAUCCCAUGUGCAUUGGGUGCGUAACCUGAUUAGUGUCCACCCACGGUGCUCAGAAUGACAAAUCACAUUUAGAUUAUGGUAAUUCAUAGUAACAGAAUAUGGAAGUCGAGGAUGCAACGAUAAAGCUAGAAUAACCGUCUAUAGUUUACUUUUCCUCAGCCAGCUAGACAAGUAACUAACAGCAGAAUCACUAGCCUGUCAAUCUACUAAAUUUACCCUUUCUAUUGGUCAAGUUGAACAAUUCUAUUCCAAACCGACUGUAGGACAGUCGUGGGACGAUGCAGCCCAAAUUCAUACAUCCAGUAGGCAUUAAGCAAUGAGUGUGACGCAACAGAACGUUUAGUUUAAAAUGUUAAUAAACUAUUUAUUCACCUAAGUAGGCUACUCACAAAUGUUCGUUCCAUAAUGCAAUUAGCGGGGAAACACAGUUGUCAAAAGGGCACCACACACUUGAGGUUUCAUGCGACGGAGAUGAAAAUGUCCAUUAGAAAUUUAGAGAUCUAAUCGGCUACUUUGCCGAAAGGUAAGACAUGCCUCAUGUAUUAAAAGGAAAUGCAUAGCCUACUGCCUCCAGCUCAUUGCAAAGUGGUGUGUGAUACAACAGCAGCUCUCAUUCUUUGACAGAUUAUCUGCUCAAAGGAUCUAUGCUGUACGGGUGUGAUAAAUAAGAUGCAUAAAAAAUAUACUGUAGCCUACACAUUUGCCAAUUUAAUUCCACUGAAUGAUGUAAAAUAACCUAAUAGAAUGAUAAAUAUGACCAGUCAAAUGUAUUUCCAUCAAUGAAGAGGCUAACAGGCAUUAUUUCGCAAUGGGAUUUUUUUUCUUUUCCAGGACAAUUGGCCAGGGCCAAUGUUGUAUUUAUCAACAAAGAAAUAUAGGCCAAAAGCCGUCCAUUACCGGCUAACGGCAACCCUGAGCGCAAUGCGUCAUUGGCCUGGCCCUGUUUUGUGUGUUGAAAUGGGGGAAUUUAAGAUGAAUAAAGUGAAUAUUCAGAUAAGAGUAAUUAACACAAUGCUGAGCGUAUUUCUGUUUUGUCAUUCUGUAAUACACGUGAUUUCCAGUGUUUUUAUUUGGGGAAACUCUUUCUGCUUGAUGAUCUGUGUUAUGAAUUGUUCCUGUAUCUGUUGAUCUUCAUAGUGAUUGACGCCAGGCUGGAGGACCGAGGACACUGAUUUGUUACUAUAAGAUUAGAAUAAGCCGAUUUCGAAAACACACAGGCCUACACACAGUCCUGGAAACUCAGUGACUCAGACCCUGAAAAGUCAAUAAACACAAUGUUUCGUCAUUCACUCUGUGGAAAACAAAUUCUCUGAUAGUAUUUUUUUUUUCUUCUUCCAUGUCCAUUAAGUGGACCAUGGAAUUACGUAACAUCUAGUCUUAUUUUCACAACAUAUUGUUGUAACAUUACAUCACAAUGAAUCGGCGACAUUUAUGGCCAGUAACAAUAGUUGAGCACCGCUGCACUCGGUUUUUAGAAAAGUGAAAUGGCUCAACAAGGUCAAGGCUUUUUUUUCUCCUUUUUUUCCAAGUGGAGCUGAAAUUAGAGUUUGUACAUGAACUAUAUUCUUGUACUUUUUGCCUAUGAUUUGCCUUGAAAAAGCAUUCUCUUAUUUGUCCACCUUUUUUUUAAGGUGGAACUGGAACAGGUUCUUUUCUCUUCAAAUGGCAUUACAAUGAUUGUAUUUUUCUGUGAUUGCUUCUUAUUUAGUGCUUUUUUUGGGGCUUGAUGUCAUGUUGGCAUUUCUUCAUGUAGGGCUAUUUUACAAAAUGUUUAAUUUCCAAAUGUUUACAGUUGUAAAAACAAAAGCCAUACUGUUUCAUCUGCAUGUGUCUUGCUGUUCAUGAUCACAAGGUUAAUGCCAAACAAAUUCUCUGACUACUCAAAGUAAAUGUAAGAACAUUUUAAGAACCCGUUCCUCUCUGACAUGCACGACGUGUGAGUUCUGUCUGCACCUCGGCCAUUGCUAGUAUAAUUGUUAAUAGGAUUAAUUGUAAGGUAAUUCAUAGCACAGCCACAUGCACAAAGUGAGUGUCAGUUAGUUUACUUUUUUUUUUUUUUGGUGAAUGAAAAACCAGUGUUCCUGGGAAAGCUUUGAAGUACAACUAGGGGACUCUCAUACGUACACACCUCGCUGCAUGGAUUUUUACACAUCUGUUUUUGUGGAUUGACUGGGUUGCCCCCAGAAACGCCGAGCCAGGGAAACAUUGGCUAGCACAGGUAGGGUGCAGUGACUGCAGCUUGGCAGCAGUCAAAUCAAUCAAACUGGAUGUACUCUGACUUUUUACAAAACACUAGUCACUGGGCAAGGCUAGAGGGGGAGAGGAAAGUCUACAUACCCCUGCCUUGGUAUUUAUUAGGCAUCAGACUGAAAGUGGGAGGGACUACCUCUCCUGAACUUGUCCAAUAAUAAAUACUUGUUUUUUGGUGUGCCCUAAUGACUACAACCCAGUUGUGUGGCAGUCCUUCUCUUGAGAUAUCUACAUCACCAUCCCUUUCUCUUUCACAGUCUCUGCUAUCUGUUGGUCUGGUUGGUGAGUGGUGGCUUUGGAGGAAAAGGUCAGAGACCCCUCUCAGCCUGUCCGCUGUCACCAUCACGACCCCCUGAGAGGAUCACAGGCCGUGAACCACAUGGCCUGAGCGUAAAUCCCUCUCCUGGUUGGUUGAGACAAAGCCACGGUGACCUUCCAGGCCAGGGAUCAACUGUGUCUGAGACAUUCCCGGAUGCUCUUUGGAACGCUGCACACUAACAUCACUCCAGCCAAGCAUUUUGCCUUUGACUUUUUCGUCAGUUUAGACUGAACAGGAGGAGGGAUGUUGGGUAACUCUGCGGGGGAGUUGUUAGAUGAGAGUGUUGAAUAAUGGAAGAUGUUUUGGCUGCUGUUGUCACAAAGCAGCACGAGCAGGUUACUACAAUUUUGUCUAUAGUGUCUUUGUGAGGAGUGUUGUGGCCCAUACAGUAUGUGAAAGGUACUGUAAAAAAAAAAAAAAAACAUUUUAAAACAUAAUACCACCAUAAAUAACAAUUGUAGCAACCCUGAGUUUAUAAUUUUGGCUAUUGACUUUACCAUUUUAGCAUAUAUUUUUUUUAGACUGUUGAUGCCACACAGGGCUAACAGAACAGAAGGUUGAGGGAUCGCCGAUCACCACGGACUUGCUCGUUCUCUCCCUGCCUGUAUCAUUACAUUACAUCAGAGCCAGCUGCAGACAACCAUGGGCUAUAUUUAUAUAAUAAAUAAAACACAUUUUC